AUGUAUUCUCAAUCGAGCCGGAGUGCGAGCCAUAAACACGUGAGAAGAGGCGAGAAGAAGGACAAAGACCACAAGUCCAAGGAAUCCAGCCGCAAGCAAGAGGCACCUCUCACGCACUUCAGCUUUCUCUUCAUCGUCAACGAGUUCCAGAUACGCGAAUUCGAUGACGAAGGACACAAUAUCGAACCCCAUUCUGAUCGGUACGGCAAUGAGCUGCCGCCCGUUUCCGCUGACGGCUAUAGCCGAGAGCUUAUCGGCCGGGUGUGGCGGUAUACGAACGGGGUUGUCGCUCCGGCCGGAAACGAGUUCUACUGGUACCGCCCAGAGAUGGGAUUGCCCGGGAGGAUCUGUGGACCAAUCCCGGAUGGCAGCCAGACCGGAGAGUCCUACUUGGGUCAGAUGCAGGAAUAUAAGACGUACAGCGUCUUUAACUGCUGGCGCUUCCUCCCAUGCUGGUGUACCGAUGUUGACGUAUCUACUAUUGACGGAGAACCUCCAGAUGGGUGGCACAGUCUUACAUUCUUACCACCAGAUCCACAGGACCCGGGUUUUACUCGUAUCCUCUAUCCCGGCGGACCACAAAGACAUGCUUCUGGAAGCAAUCCGUCUUGGAUACCCCAUCUUCUACCACGCACUUUCGCCACACCGAGUUCCUCAGCUCCCCAAUCCACAGGCCUCGGCGGCAACUUGCCCAUUAUCAUCGCCCUCUUAGCUCUGACAAAACAACCGGGGUGCACAGACGACGUGUUCCAGAGCAGGCAAUGGGACAUGAAUCGAUUUGGCGGCCGCCGGUCUCCUCAUGCAGAUCCCGACCCCAUUGGUCCUCCGCGGGGUGUGAUGGUUCAGGUCUGCUGUGAUAGCUACAAUUACAAUUCAACCAUUGACGCGAUCAUGGACUUUGAAGAGCGGGAAAGAGCCAUCGUCGGCUGA